CCACAACCUUAACACUUCCGUUUCCGGUCCGUCCAAACACUUCCAAACAACAAAAGUUGUCAGGAUCGAUUCCCGAACAUUUGUUACAUGUCAGCGCCCAUGUGGUAACCUCUAUUGUUUAUCGCUCAAUAUUACUGGUCAUAUUACACACACCGCCAUUGUCUGUGCGUGCAAGUAUAUGUCUUUGGGGGGAGAAUUCUUUUCAAUUUAGCGGCGAAUCGGUCUGUAGGGAGACUUGUCACGCAAGGGUUCCAGCCGAAGUUGGCGCCGGGUGGCCUGGAUUUUUCGUACGUGGCAAGAUGUGGAGAGGCUAGCUAGAACCGUUUCACAUUUGGAGAGAUGAUCAUGUACUCACACUGACGAUCACACGUCCAUGGGGCUUGCCGUUUUGAUGGCAACCGUUCGCAAAGGGGUCACCAAUGCCGCCACCAAGGCCCCUCGCUCCAAGUCAUCCAACUCCAAUCCCAGCAGGCCACAGACCAGACAGCUGAGGUCAUCAGCGACCCCGCCGGGGUCAGCGGGGAAGAAAGAUGGCGGGUCUGCGAAGGGCAGGAAAGGUGCGGCCCUGCCGCCGUCCAAGAGCAAGUCUGAGACAUCGCUAGCUUCUUCCUUCCAGAAAUUGUCAGUCAAGGAGACAAAAAUUAGUGUUCCUGGACAGCAGAAGUCAGCAAGGUCUAUAUCAUCGUCUUCAAGAAAGGGUAGCAGCACUUCCACCACCAGUAGUCGUGGCGGGAAGACGUUUGCGGGUAUCGAUGACGUGGCUCGGUACAUCCUGGCCAACAAGUGUAAGAAUGUGGUAGUGAUGGCAGGGGCUGGGAUCAGUACUCCCAGUGGGAUUCCCGACUUCAGGUCUCCUGGUACAGGUCUCUAUGACAACCUACAGCAAUAUAACAUCCCCUAUCCUGAGGCCAUAUUUGACAUCGACUAUUUCCACAUGGACUCCCGGCCCUUCUACACCCUGGCCAAGGAGCUGUACCCCGGGAACUACCGGCCGAACUACGUGCACUACUUCAUACGUCUGUUACACGAGAAAGGACUGCUACUGAGAAUGUACACUCAGAAUAUAGACGGGCUGGAGAGGAUGUCAGGAAUCCCAGAGUCCAAACUUGUGGAGGCCCACGGCACAUUUGCCACGGCUUCUUGUAUCAGGUGCAAUGCUAAGUAUUCAGGGAAACAGAUCAAGGCUGCCAUAAUGAAGGGGGAUAUACCAAAGUGUACAAAUAGUAAAUGGUGCAAGGGUAAGAUAAAACCAGACAUAGUAUUUUUUGGAGAGGACUUACCCAGAAGAUUUUACUACUACCUGAAGGACUUCCCCCUGUGUGAUCUGCUACUGGUCAUGGGGACAUCGUUAGAGGUGGAGCCGUUUGCCAGUAUAGUGAACUCCAGCAGAGGCUACGUCCCCAGGGUGCUGUUUAACAGGGACCCCGUCGGUCCGUUUGGCCGCGUGCCGUUACGUGACACGGACUGUGCAGAGCUGGGGGACCUGGUGCAGGGCAUACAGAGGUUCACUCGCAUCCUGGGCUGGAAACAGGCCAUGGAGGAACUCGUAGAGAAGGCUGAGAAAGAACUGGAUGAGAAGCUGAAAAAUGACACCCUAUUCAACGGAGUUGCGGAGUCGGACUCAGACUCUUCCUCGGGCGCCCCCUCUCCCGCCAACGGUACUCCGCCGCGCCGUCAGUUCCACACCUUCACACGGCGACCAAUCAUCCCGCAGGGCAGGAGGAACGGUCACGUCUCAUCGGGGAGCUCCUCUAGCAGCAACCGGACAAACUACAGGUCCAAGAAGGAGGAGAGUAGCGAGGAGUCUAGCGAGGAGUCGGACAGUAGCGAGGGGGAGUCCUCCGAUGGGAGCAGCUCUAACUGAACCUGUCUGUGAAAUUGUGCAUGGUGGGCAGAGACUUUAUUUAAUGCUGCAAGUCUGAUUUGUCAAGAUUCAUAGACAACCAACCAACCAAGUCCCAACGACAGAUGACAUUGUUCAGUACUACUAGUACUAAUUCUUAACCAUGGUCUGGAGAAGGUUGGGAGGCCAUGGCUGGCUAUGUGUGACAGGGGCUUUAGAUCAAACUGAGCAGAGAUGUCAAUGUUGCAAGUUUGAUUUGUCAGGAUUCAUAGACAAGUAGAACAGGCUACCUUACCAACCAACUCUCACUACUGCUUAAUACUGACUCCCAACCAU